AUGAUGUCGCCCACGUCAUUUUAUGCUAAAACAUCACUCCUUGAUAACUGCUGUGGAAACACAGGAGGAAAACCCAUAUUUCGAGAUACUGCACAUUGCGUACAUCUCAUCCGCCUUGUCGGUAUGCUUGCUCCUCCGUUGAGGGUCGUUUCUCGGCGAUCACUCCACGCUUCUCGCAUACUCUCCAUGCGUGGACCGCUUACUUUUGACGGGUGGUAUCCUCGAGAUCAUAAACCUGGAGAAUAUGCUACUACAGAAGAACAACAACGUGCUGCAGCCAUAAAAUAUGGCCUACGACCAGAAGACUAUAGACCAAUGAAUCAAGACGAUGUAGUACGUUAUGCUGGCGAUUAUCCUGAUUUGGGCAUUGUCACGUAUGAACACAAAGAUCCAUAUGAAGCGUGGAGUGAUCGGCAAAACCGUCGAAAUUGGGGAGAAAUGGUUCCAAUCGACAUGAUGCGUUAUCGGGGUGAUCGCCUGACUUUCACCGGCUUAGAGGCGGAGGACUUUACUACGUGGGGGUCGAUCGUGCUUUGUUUGAGGGUGCUUGUUCCCAUGGCUCUUCUGUCUUGGUACUUCUGCAGUGAAGAUCCUAACGCACUGCGUUGGAAGAAUCCAGCUAUGCCAAAGCAAUAUCCAUAUGAUUUCUAUCGCGCCUUUCCAUACGAUGAUGCGAGAAGAUUUCCGGCUGCUGGACCCACACCUGCGGAAAUGCUUUUUCUGGAUGAUUUUCUGGAAAUGUUGGAUGAGCUCCCGACUGAACUACGUGAGCGUUGCACAGAAAUGCGCCACCUUGACAUGCAAGUUGAAGCUGGUCUUGCUCAAAAUCGCCAGGCACUUAUCGAAUUCUUCGACCGUGGAAAUCAACUUACCGAGGAGCAGAAGCAGCAUCGAUAUCAAGAACUACAGAAGGUUUGA